GUCGUCUAGCCUACUGUGUCAGUCUAGAGUGAACAUCCGCCGUGAGAAGGUGGUUCAAGUGGACUUUCCACAAGUACGUAACGUGUGUCUCUGUGUGUGUGUGUGUAUCUCUGGUUGCUUCAUUCCUCCAAAAGUGAACUGAUAAAAAUCUGGGCGCAAGAAUAAGAUUCCCCCGUUUAGUUGGAACAAUGUGAUCGAACGUCUAUUUACAUACACACACAAGUCAGAACGUCGGCCAUGACGUUACGGCCUUGUUCAUUGCCGUUGUCGAGGGCAUUCUCUCGACUACUACCAUGGAUGGUUUAGUAGUUGCGACUAAAAGGUGAUCUUGUUUCUGGCGUUUCUGGCUGGCUCUUUUGUGGUUCGCACCCAAACGAGUGUCUAUGUGUAUCCAUCUCUCUCUCUCCUGUGUGUGUGAGUGUGUACAUGCUCGGAAGCCAAAAAAAAAGUUGUGUGUGUGGAUGUGUGUGUGUGUGAGGAGAAUCGCCUAGACGAGGAGCUCUCUCUCACUGUUGGUACGGGGCUUCUUCAACAUUUUCGAGAACUGCCAUUAUUUUUGGAGAAGUAGUUUAUCCCUUCUGGCGUCUGCUUUGAUCCUGGUUUGGCAAGUCACCUUUAGAAUUGUUUUCUGGUUCUGAUACACUGAGAGUGAGCCGAGUUAAACGAUCGAUUUAACAUUGUUGUCGAAAGUCGAGUAGAAGAAGAAGGGGGGAGACUCUCAAGGUCGUUUGUUGGAUAUGAUGUCGUCGCCGUCGUCUGUGACUGCCACUGGAGGCGCUUCGGUCGCGGCCUCUGCACCGUCGGUCGCGGCCUAUCCCAGUCCACACCUGAAGCAAGUUCUACGCUCUUACCAAUCGGCCGCCUCGAGCUCGUUGUCGGGACCCAAUGGAAUCCUGGCUGGGCCGGAACACGGGGCCGAACAAGCCGGUUCAGGUCUGGUUUAUUAUGCAUACCCCAAUCUACCUCUGCCUGUGGUAGCCACAUCAGUCAAGUCGUCUAUGGCCGAUCUGUCGUCGUUGUCGUCUGCUGCUCCCUGUAAAAUCCGAGUCAAGAGCGAACCCAUUGACGAGAAAUCGUCGUCGUCGCACGACAACUGCUGGUCGACACGCGGCGGUGGCCAGCACGCAGAGUACGACGAGUUCAAAGUGCUGAAACUCAAACGACCGGCCUAUUAUGCCACAAUCAAGGACAAGGAUGCCGUUGAUUUGUCCUCGAAUCGCGACGCAGCAGCCGCUGCCGCCUCAGUCCGGACCGCAACCAAACCGCUUCUGCCAUCGUCACCGCAGCAGCAGCAGCAGCCAGCAACAGUGCAGCCACCGCUGCUGCUACCAUCGUUCCCUAUUUUGAGCGCGGCGGAUCGAGGCUGGAGUCACGCUGAACGAAAUGAGACGCAGCUGGAGGGCCAACCGAUCGCUUGUUUCACUGUCGGUGGCGAGCCGCGCCUUUGCCUGCCCCAAAUCCUCAACUCGGUCCUUCGACAAUUUUACGUCAUGCAAAUUCAUGCCGUCUGCGACGAAUUGCAGAUCAAUUGCUCCCGCUGCACGGCCGAGCAGCUCGACAGCCUCAAGGCAGCACCGGCCAUUCUGCCCCGAUCUGCCGCCAGCUGCGGGCUCAUUACCAAAACCGACGCCCAGAGGCUGUGCAGCGCCUUGCUGCGUCGCGGGCUCAACGAAGCCAGUGCUGGAUCCGCUCCCGAACCGCAUCGAACAGGGCCGGCUCAACAACUGCCGGCUACUGCUGCUACUCUUCCUUCGGGCCCUUCUGAAGUCUCCAUGAAGGAUUGCAUCGUCAAAAAGGAACCGGAAACUCUUAUGGAUGAUGAAGGAGGCGACAACACCACCCGGUGUAGUCGCAAAAACAACAGCAGCAGCGGCAGCAAUGCCUGGUUCCGCGUCUACCACCAAUGUUUCGGCAAGUGCGAGGGUUUGUGCAAGCCGGAAUUGUAUACGUCACCAGACGCAGUGUGCAUCGAGUGUGCCGACUGCAGUCUGACUCUGAGUCCCGCUGAUUUCAUUAGUCACGCCCAUCGUUCGGUGGAAAAUCGAACAUGCCAUUGGGGUUUCGAUUCGACCAACUGGCGGGCCUACCUCCUUCUGGCCCGUCGUCAACAACAGCCGCAGCCAUCCAACGAGGUUCUCCUUCAUCAGCUGGACGAGUUUAAGAAUCGAUUUGGUUGUUCUUCAUCGACAGCCGCUACGGCAGCAGCGGCAGCAGCCGUGGCCGUUAAAAGGAAACUCCAGACGGCCGAGGAGCCCAUGAAAAUGAGUAAAGUCUAUCUGGCGGCAACAACCACUGCAGCCGACAUAAUGGUGGAGAACCAGCACCAGCACCAUGCAAAGAGGUACAAAGAACAUGGCGGUCGCCAAUCGCCAGCCGUCACCACGCCCUACGAUCCGGCGUCGACCGGGUACCAUCAUCAUCAUCACCUCCACCCCGCCGUCUACAACAACAACAGCAGCGUCGGGAGUAGUGCCUAUGGCAAUGGAUUGCGUGAGUCUCCUCCUCCUCUCCAGGAAACUUCAUCGCGAAUCCCGCACGAUAAGGCCGGACAGCCGAAUGUGGCUUUGCUGGCCCCGCCCCGUCUCGCUUUCCAUUCUGCCGCUCCACCUAACGCCUACGCCGCCGAUCCUUUGCCGCCGCCGUCGGUCGGCAACCCCGAAAUUGAAUUGAGCAGCACCGACACGGAAGACUCUGAAUCGAUACCGUCUCACAAUGGAGAUGAGAAACAAGUCUGGGAGCUACCGGCUAAUCUGGCUCAAGAAGUCAGCUCAGUUGAAGAGCUUCUCACAAGGGGAGGAUGUGAUUCAGCCAACAGCCGGUUGGUACUCCAGGCAUUUCGCCGCUUGUGCUUCCGUCUCAACUGGGCCCAGGAGCAGCAGCAGCAGCAGUACCCACCAACAACAACCAACAACGCUGUUCUCAAGUUGAGGACAGAUUUGACGGAAUGCGAUGGUAGCAGCACCAAGUACAAAUCUACUUAGGUUUCAUCUUCUCGAUUUGAGAUUUCUUUUUUCUUUCCUCCUCCUUCGUUUUGUUUGUUUUUGGUUGCGUGUGUGUGUGUGUGUGUGUGUAGUUUGAAGAGCAAAGAACUCGACUGCGCCUCGGUGACAAGUGGGGGGGGGGAGGCCAUCAAAAUGAGCUGUGCGGAAGCCUCACAUAAAAUCGUGCCAAUCUCUUUAGAAAGAGGAGAGAGAGAGAGAGAAGGACUCUGUACAAUAUCCCCCAAACACACAGACACACACACACACCAAGUCCCUCCCCUUUUCCCCCCACACACAGACACACUCUGCCCUGCCCGUGAGUGUGUGUGCUUAAGCUCGCGUGAGCGUCCUCUUGGGUGGGUAAUCCCGGCCCUGUCUCCCUUAUCGUAACUCUUUUCCUUGUUCUCUUCUUUACUUAAAAUGAAACGAAAAAACAAAAAAGAGACGAGGGUAAGACACUAUUGGACGAAAUCGUCAGGAUGUUGAAAGAAAAAGAAAACAGUAGUUUACCUUUGAAUGGGGGGUAGUGAUUCUUUGAUAUAUAUCUUAUCUUCUCUAUCUAUCUCUAAUUCUUAAACAAUUUAUAUAUUAUAUAUACGAUAUCGACUGUAUAUACAAGAGAAGAAGUUGGGAAGUUUAGUGGAGUAGCUAUUCAAAGAAAUUGGAUCAUGAUGAUGAUGCUCUAUUUUUCCCCUUUUUUUGAGGCGACAAAAUCGGAGGGUGAUAAAGUUGUGUGUCAGCUCAAUUCGGCUACGACCUGAUUGUGUGUAAUUUAUAAUAAUAAUUGUGAUUGGAUUUGAGCCGAGCCCAAUGUUGGCUCAUCCUCCACCUCCUCCACGAUUGUGGUGUUUUUUUUUUGUGCGAAAAUUGUUAACAUCCGACCGGGUUUAAAACAAAAGUGUUAAAAGAAAAUAAUAAUUUACCUCUCCCCCCCUUUACACACACACACACACACAAAUUGUUCUUGUCCCCCCAGCUUCUUCUUUUCUAUCUGUCUCAUGUUCACUUUUUAAAAAUUAUCUAUAGUUUACGUAACCUAGCUAUAAACAAAAAAAAAAUAUUCAUUAGAGCCGCGGACACGUUAAAAAAAAACCACCCCCUGCCCUCCCCAAUGUUAUGUGCCCAUUUGAACAACCAACAACAAUUUCGAAAGAAGAAAAAAAAAAGAAAAAUUUAAGCAGCGUGCAUUACAUGUUUGUGUCAAGUCUGUUUCACUGCCAAGGGAUCGACUGCCACACCUGAGCGCGUUUUUGUUUCGGCACCACCACUGAUAAUGGUCCGAUAUAUCUAUAUUAUCUACAUAUAUAUACAUAUUAUUAUAUAUAUAUAUCUGUUUGUUUUUUUUUUUCUUUUGUUUUUUUAUCAAUUAUUCGUUGAAAAAAGGGGCCGAAUUAACUGGGAGAUUGGGCGUAUGGGUGGAAAGCUUUUUAUGAAAACCAGAGAAAAAAAAAUGCGAGAAAAGAGAGGAAAAAAAGUACAAAAUUAUUACUAUGUCGGAUGUGUUCACUGGCAACUCAGUUGAUAUGAAAAAUCAUCGAUUCAUUUUUUUUUUUAUUGUUGUUGAAUUUUCCCUUCUAUACGAAAACAAAAACAAACAAAUCGGAGUGAAAAAAAGAAAACGGUCCUCCACCACCACCGCCAGCCCAGAGACAAUUUUGUACACAUUACACACACACACACACACAUCUCUUGUGCGCGCGCGCUUCUACCGGUGUUAUGUAAAAUUGUGACAUAAUUUCUUUUGUUCAAGCUAAUCUCUCUCUUCUGUCCUGACUUUUUUUUUUUUGUUUUAUUAUUGACACACAAACGAGACAUAAAGAAAGAAUGAAAAGUAAUCGUCGAUAUUAUUCAUUAAAGAAACACAAAUAAGAGGACGAGAUUGACUCAUUUCUUUAUUUGUAUUUUUUUAAAUCUCUUUCUCUCAUGUCUAUACUGCAUUUAUGAUGUUUCCGCUUCAAAAUCCAUCUUUUUUUUUCAUUAUUAUUAUAAAAUAUUGGAAUGAUUUUUUUCCUCUUCAGCCCGAUAAAAACUUGUGAUUUUUCGCUUCAAUGAUAAUAUUGGAGAGAGAAAAGGAAAAAAUCUGAAUAGACUUGAAAUUGGAACGCA